GGAAGCAAAACAGACCCGUUCCUAAGAUUCCGAACCAAAGUUAGACAAUUAGAACUAAAAAAUGAGAGUAGUACUGUCAAACCCCGUGUGCCGCAGCAUCUUCAUCCUCUCUGCCUCUGCAUGUGAACAGAUGUACACCCUGUACCCAUGCAUCCAGGCACGACCCACCCCGCAAGUCAACCCAGACAAGGAAGCUCUGCUCGAGGAGACACGGCUCCCGCGAAUUGACCGGGUUGCCCCUCGCGGUGCUCGACGGAAGCGGUGCGUGGCGCGGGGGAGUGACGGGACUGCCCCCGACAUUGCUUCUCAGAAACAGAGCUGUCUGUCUCGCUCUGCACGGGGAGGGAAUCAACCCACCCCGACCACCAACAUGACGCCCUGUUCCUUUGCUGUCAUCCAUGGCGGUCUCGCCGUUUUUUUCUUUCUUUAAUAUUAUGUCACCCUCUUAUCUACACGCGCGCCCGGGUAUAAAUUCGUCUGCACGCAUUGCGUUCGAUUCAUCGACAUCGAAAAGCAGAGCUACCCACGAUCGCAUCGCUCUUCGUGCCCAGAAAGAAAGAGGAAAGCUUCCGGCUUUUUUGCUCCGUUGAAUCCGGGCCAUGGACGGCGGCGUCGAGAAGAGGGUGGAGUUCGAGGACAUGCUGCCGGCGAUGGCGGAGAAGCUGGGCGGCGACGGGCUGAUCCUCGAGCUGUGCAACGGGUUCGAGCUCCUGAUGGACAGGGACAAGGGGGUGAUCACGCUGGACAGCCUGAGGAGGAACAGCGCCGUGCUGGGCCUCCAGGGCCUUGGGGACGACGAGCUCGCCGGCAUGCUCCGGGAGGGCGACGUGGACGGCGACGGGGUGCUGAGCCAGAUGGAGUUCUGCGUCCUCAUGUUCCGGCUGAGCCCGGAGCUGAUGGAGCAGUCGAGGGCGUGGUUCGAGGAGAUCGUCGAGGGCGAGUUCAGGAGAGGGAGGAAGAGGUCGUCGUGAAGCGUAUGGCUUUCCGGGAAAAAGAAGAUCGGAGAGGCGACUUUUGCUUGGCCGGAGAUCUGAAUUCGAUUCCUCCUCUCUCUAGUCUUUGCCCCUGUACUUAUGUCCUCUUUGUUUUGAAUUUUUUCAUUGGUUUAUGUUGAAUUCGAGAAAAAUCAAGAACAACAUCAUCAUCAAGCAAUAAAUGAUGGAUUUACUGUGAUGUUUGAAA